GAUUUGAGGGAAGGGUUGAUUAGGUUUCAACGCGCGUCAGGCUAUCGGUGGCGUUGCACGCACGCCACACUAAGUUAGUGGGUUUGGAAAUGCUAAAGCGCCUCCUCACUGAUAUGCACACAAAGCAGACGGAUCCGCUCGCGGAGCUGGGACCUAUCUACUGAUCCUCCAGGUCUUAGUACAAAACACGGGAAUCUCGUCCACGGCAGGUCCUCUUUAUGGGAGCGGACACAAGGAUGGUUAUGUAAUGGGUCUUGGAGAAGUGCCCGGGAAACAUUCCCUUCACGUGGAAAGCAGAAUGAGCAGGUUUCUUUCAGCCGAGAAGAAGUUUGGUUUCGACCUGAAGCACAUCAGGAAAUAAGGAAUCACAGUUAUAAGGGGAUAAUAAUAGAAUAUAGAGCAGCUGCAGAACAUUUGGAUUGUACGUUUUUCGCCUGGCUGGCAGGAAAACAUAUUGGAGUACGUUAUUUGGAUCUUGUGAAAUAUCUUGAAUCUUUGGGAAAGCUAACGAAUUCCCCCAACAGAUCAGAGACGAACGCUUGCCCAUCAUGGAAAUUGAAAUGUUGAUGUUAUAAAGAUACAUUUAUGGUCAAAUGACCGUCUUCACGCGCUCUCUAAUCUAACGACCCUGGGAUAUCUAUGAGAUGGAAAAACGGGGACUCAACGGCGUCCUUUAUUAUUUAAUUCUUAACGCACCCUUGUUCUUCUGUGUAAAUGCUACGUUUACUGAAGUGCCCAAAGAUGUGAGUGUCAGUGAGGGAGAAGACGUUGAGAUGCCGUGCGCCUUUCGGGCCAUCGGAUCAUCGCCCUUCUCGCUUGAGAUCCAGUGGUGGUACCUAAAGGAGACAACACCUAAAGAACUUGCACACGAACUGCAAAUAAGCGCUCCGGCGAACAGAGCCAAGGUCACUCAAAAGGAUGCCACAAAAAUAAGCACUGUGAGGGUGCAGGGCAGCGCCAUAUCUCACAGGCUUAGUCUCUCCAAGGUGCGAAAAGAGGACGAAGGGGUGUACGAGUGCCGGGUUUCCGACUUGUACUCCGACGAGACUCAGGAAUACAAGGUUCAAGCCACCCUCCGGGUGAUUCCGCGUGAUGGCAUGGUGGCCGAGGAGGCCGUGUCCCACAUUCAGAAUAGAUGGCCACUGAGGAACAGCAAGGACGCGGUGGCCGGGGGGCGGGCUACCUCUGAGCCGGGUCAGGGAAAGCCUCGUGUGCCUCCUCCAGCGGGAAAUGGCCCCCUCCCCGCCAGCACGAUGACCACCGCCUCUGCAGCAAAGUCCUCAGCUUCGCCAAGGCCCGGCAAUGCGGCCAUCCUCCGACAGCAGCACGGAGCUGGUUCUGGAGCCAUUACCACCACUGACCCGUUCCUCUUCAUCACUCUCCUGAUCCUGCAUAAGCUCCUCCCCUUCCUGUUUACCCAAUAAGAGACUUCAACCAAACGACGACCCGAAAGUUUUCACUUUAUGUACCAAACAACGAAAGGGAAAUAUAUAUAUAUAGAUGUAUACCGUUACGGCACAUCACUGAGGGUGAGGAAACGAAUGACAAAGAGAGGAGAAGAAAGGACUGACGAUAUAAGGACUGAAUGAAAGAGAAGGAGAAGACGUGGUCUUCUGACUGGGACUAAUGGAGGACAACGUCUAAGAACUGAAUGUAUAUGAAUUGUGUGAGAAGCAUGAAACAAGGAAUCUAUGUGAAUAAGAACUUCACAGCUACGUCGUACACACAACCAACAUCCACUAAACGCUGCAUCCUGUUUCCAAAUAGUAUCUGCCGUGCUUCAUGCAUGGCUGUUCUUAUUUAUUUUCGGUUGGAUAUCUUUGGAUGUUUUAUUUUCUAUUUGUAUUAUAUUUUCAGUUCAAUGGGAUUUUUAUUUGGAAUUCAUUUUUCAGGACUUUGAAAUUAUUUUGAUCAUAUCUGCUUCUGGACUAUUCUUUUUUGCAUUCUAAAAGAGAUCCGCUCCUCAUGUUUGUUUAGGUUGAUUUGCAUGAGCUGUUGAGCAGAAACACAUCAUGUUUUUUCACAGACGUCAAAGAUGGGGCUUUUUUGAAAUGUUCGGUUCAUUCACGGAGACUGUGAGUCUGUGUCGUUCUGUUGCCCCUCUCUCUCUCUCUCUCUCUCUCUUAUGAUUUCUCCAAAGCGUUGUUUCAUGAUGUAUACAAAUAUGACCUUAUAUAUUUUGAUUAAAUAAGGCCCACAUUACCAUAGUUGUUGUUAGUCACCUUCAAUAAUGUUUAUUUUUAUUAAAGAUAUGGUGGUCAAAGUUAAGACAUUCAUUUAUAAAUACAAAAAAAAACAAACGUAUUGGUAUGUUGCCAACACCAGUUGAAAUAAAAGUUGUUGUUUUUUUUCUCAAUAAAAAUUGACAUCAAAGGCCUUACAUGUGAA